CUGGCCGCGAAGGGAGACCCUCUGAGGGGACGCCUCAGCCCGCCCGGGGCGCGCUCGGCCCUCGCAGGCCCCCGGGCGGCGGCGCAGCGCCAUGGCCCCGCCGGGCGGCCGGGCAAGAGGGACGGUCUCUGCCGCCGCCGCCGCCGCCGCCACUGCCGCCGCGCCCGGGCCGGCUCCGUCCGCCUUGCGGGCCUGGCCGUGAGGGCGGCGGGCGCAGCGGGAUGGUUGGCCGCCUGGGCGGCGAUGUCGUCUCGGGCGGCCGCCCCUGAGGGCCCGGCGGCGGCCCCGCGCUUCUUCGUCGGCUCCCGGGAUGGCGGGGCGGACUGCCCGGGACUGGCCGCGCUGAGCAUGGACGAGAUCGACUUCUUCGAGGACGACGAGGAGGCCGAGUCGCCUCCGGAGCGGCAGAUCGUGGUGGGCAUCUGCGCCAUGACCAAGAAGUCCAAGUCGAAGCCCAUGACGCAGAUCCUGGAGCGGCUCUGCAAGUUCGAGUACAUCACGGUGCAGAUCCUGGGCGAGGACGUCAUCCUCAACGAGCCCGUCGAGAACUGGCCGCCCUGCGACUGCCUCAUCUCCUUCCACUCCAAAGGGUUUCCGCUCGACAAGGCCGUCGCUUACGCCAAGCUCCGCAACCCGUUCCUGAUUAACGACCUUGAUAUGCAGUACUACAUCCAGGACAGGCGGGAGGUGUACCGGAUCCUUCAGGAAGAGGGAAUAGACCUGCCCCGGUAUGCUGUGCUUAACCGGGACCCUGAUAAGCCGGAUGAGUGCAACCUUGUGGAGGGGGAGGACCACGUGGAAGUGAACGGGGCUGUCUUCCCGAAGCCCUUUGUGGAGAAACCUGUCAGUGCUGAAGACCACAAUGUCUACAUUUACUAUCCCACCUCAGCUGGAGGGGGCAGCCAGCGCCUUUUCCGCAAGAUUGGAAGCCGGAGCAGUGUUUACUCCCCAGAGAGCAGCGUGCGGAAAACAGGAUCAUACAUCUAUGAGGAAUUUAUGCCUACGGACGGUACAGACGUCAAGGUAUAUACAGUUGGCCCUGAUUAUGCCCAUGCCGAAGCACGGAAAUCACCUGCUCUGGAUGGAAAGGUUGAACGGGACAGUGAAGGGAAAGAGAUCCGCUACCCAGUUAUGCUUUCAGCCAUGGAGAAGCUGGUGGCCAGAAAAGUGUGCGUGGCCUUCAAGCAGACCGUGUGUGGUUUUGACCUUCUGCGGGCCAACGGCCACUCCUUUGUUUGCGAUGUCAACGGCUUCAGUUUUGUGAAGAACUCCAUGAAAUACUACGACGACUGCGCCAAGAUCCUUGGGAACAUCAUCAUGCGUGAGCUGGCUCCCCAGUUCCAGAUCCCCUGGUCCAUCCCUACAGAGGCAGAGGACAUCCCCAUUGUGCCAACCACAUCAGGGACUAUGAUGGAGUUGCGUUGUGUGAUAGCAGUGAUACGGCAUGGUGAUCGCACACCCAAACAGAAGAUGAAAAUGGAAGUGAAACAUUCCAGAUUCUUUGAAUUAUUUGAGAAAUACGAGGGUUACAAGACUGGGAAGCUGAAGUUGAAGAAGCCAGAACAGCUGCAGGAGGUGCUGGACAUCACCCGCCUGAUGGUGCUGGAGCAGGGAGCUCAUGGGGACUCGGAGGCUGAGGAGCAGAAAUCCAAACUGGAGCAGCUCAAAACUGUUCUGGAGAUGUAUGGCCACUUCUCUGGCAUUAACCGCAAAGUGCAGCUGACCUACCUUCCUUAUGGGCACCCCAAAGCUUCCAGUGAAGAUGAAGACGCCCGCAAGGCGGCCUCGCCCUCUCUCCUCCUGGUGCUGAAGUGGGGGGGUGAGCUUACCCCUGCCGGGAGAGUCCAAGCAGAAGAGCUGGGCCGGGCCUUUCGCUGCAUGUAUCCUGGAGGUCAAGGGGACUACGCUGGCUUUCCGGGGUGUGGCCUGCUUCGGCUGCACAGCACCUACCGCCAUGACCUCAAAAUCUACGCCUCUGAUGAGGGCAGAGUCCAGAUGACGGCAGCGGCGUUUGCAAAGGGCCUUCUUGCUCUGGAGGGGGAGUUGACCCCCAUCCUGGUUCAAAUGGUGAAGAGUGCCAACAUGAACGGCCUCCUGGACAGCGACAGUGACUCUCUGAGCAGCUGUCAACACAGGGUGAAGGCCCGCCUGCGAGAGAUCAUGCAGAAGGAUGCUAAGUUCAGCGAGGAGGACCACGAGAAGCUGGCACCAACUGGCAGCGUCUCGCUCGUCAAGUCUAUGGGAAUCAUCCAGAACCCCGUGGAGGUCUGCGACCAGGUCUUUGCUCUGAUUGAGAGUCUUACCUGCCAGAUCCAGAAACGGUUGGAGGACCCUAAGUUUGCAGAUUUGCAGCUUUACCACAGCGAGACGUUAGAGCUGAUGCUGCAGCGCUGGAGAAAGCUAGAACGGGAUUUCCGCCUGAAAAACAGGCGCUACGACAUCAGCAAGAUCCCUGACAUCUACGACUGUGUCAAGUAUGAUGUGCAGCACAACACCUCCCUCAAGCUGGAGGGCACUGCUGAACUUUUCCGGAUUUCCAAGGCUUUGGCUGAUGUCGUUAUUCCCCAGGAAUAUGGCAUCAGCAAGCAAGAGAAGCUGGAGAUUGCAGUUGGCUUCUGCCUGCCUCUCAUCAGGAAGAUUCAGCUGGACCUCCAGAGGACCCACGAGGAUGAGUCAGUCAACAAAUUACACCCCUUGUAUUCAAGAGGGGUUUUGUCUCCAGGGCGCCACGUCCGAACACGCUUGUAUUUCACCAGUGAAAGCCACGUCCACUCCUUGCUUAGCAUCUUCCGCUACGGGGGCCUCCUGGAUGAAUCCAAAGACCCCCAGUGGAAGAGGGCCAUGGACUACUUGAGUGCCAUUUCAGAGCUGAACUACAUGACUCAGAUCGUGGUCAUGCUCUAUGAGGACAACAAUAAGGACCCCUCUUCCGAGGAGAGGUUCCAUGUGGAGUUGCAUUUCAGCCCAGGGGUGAAGGGCUGCGAGGAGGAUGGCAGUGCCCCAGCCGGCUUCGGCUUCCGCCCUGCAUCAGCAGAGAAGGAAGCCAAGAAGCCUGAGCAGGGGAGCCAGGAAGAUUUGGCCAAGGCCCAGGGAACCGAUGAGACAGACCAAAGGCAGCAGGUCUCCCCUCAGCCCUCCGAGCCAGUCUGUGUUCAGCGACGGUCCCCGUUGAUCCGCAACCGCAAGACGGGUUCCAUGGAGGUGCUGUCAGAGUCCUCUUCCAAAACGGGAGGGUAUCGCCUCUUCUCCUACUCCAGACACUCCUCGGAAGUGAAGCAGAGCGGCUUAGGGUCUCAGUGCACGGGUCUCUUCAGCACCACGGUCCUCGGAGGCUCCUCCAGCGCCCCAAACCUCCAGGACUACGCUCGCAGCCACGGGAAAAAGUUUGCCUCUGGCUUUCUGUACAAAGAUGAUGAGCGGGAAGGCCAGUGCUUUGCCCACCUGGUGCGUCGCUUUUCCUCUGAUUUUGCCACAAGCCGAAACAUCUCUCUGGAUGCCCCCCUGGCCCACCAUCUCCACCAGUGCUUCUACCACCUGCGCCUCUUUCGGAAUUGGCUGGUCUCUGGCCAGGGCGAUCUGGAGAGCCUCGAUGGCUUUGAGGGCUGCUCCAUGGUGCCCAGCAUCUACCCCCUGGAGACUCUGCACAACUCGCUUUCCCUGCGCCAGGUGAACGAUUUCCUGACAGGCCUCUGCAGGAGUUGCUGCAGCAGCACCCACUCCGGAGCCCCCACAGCGCUGUUUGACUCCCUGGACAGCCAGGCUGCAGGCGACGCCUUCAUGCAGCAACAGAUUCUGUCAUCCUCAUCUUUGCCGCUGCAUCCCCGCUUGGACAGGCCACCUUGGUACAGCAGUGGGCCCUCGAGCACUGUCUCCAGCGCGGGACCUUCAUCCCCAACCCCUUCGGAAAGUUGCCCCCGCUUCAGCUUCACUGAAAAGCCUCCAUCCACCUGCCAAAUGGGCAAGGACCGGCUCAGUGGUCAGCCGCCUGCGACGGAGGACAGUUCGUGUGGUAGCCGGGCCUGGAGAGAUGCCCCAGCCAUGGGUCAGGAAGGGAUGGGGCAGCCUCUCCCAAGGCGCUGGGAGCAGACACUAGAGGAGGCCUUGCAACAGAUGGAAGCCCCAGGACAGGAGGCAGAGCUCUGGGAGACUCUGGGAGGGGAGGAGGGGGGGUGCGCGCACCCAGUGAUGCUGAGCCAAGAGGCAGAGUUGUCGCCAGCGAUGCUUGAUGUGUUGGAGGAGGACAGCGGAGGGGCCAGUGGACAAGGCAAACCAGGAGAAUCACCCGAGGAGACGCUGGCAGGAGGGCCUGAGCAGGGCACAGAAGGGCAGGCUUGUCGAGAAGCUCUGCAGAGCCCCUUUCUUCCACUUGGGGAAAGCAGUUAGCCCCGGACCUACUGCGGGCUGCACGGCAGCUUCCCCUAAGAGCCUUGCCUUGGCAACACAGUCUUUGGGACUGGGAGGGGUUUCCCUCUGACUGUGCUAUGCCCUGACAGCAUCAGUCUGCCCUAGCAGCAAGGCCAAAGCUUGCUAGGUAGAGCUGCCUCACUGGGCCCUGCCUGGUUCCAGUCUGCCAGCCAGAGAGCUCUUGGUCUCCAAAGCUCCCCCCGUUCGAUUGCUGCUAUUCGGCUGAGGAUGCUUGAAAUGAUCCUCAGGGUAGGACUUCUGGGAGACUCUUGGGGCCAGAGUGGCGGCCCUGAGGUCAGAGAGUGGAGAGUUUGUAGCUGAGCAGGUCUUCCUUGUAGGAGGUUGGAGGCCGUGUCCCAAGUUCCAACCUCACAGCAAUUGUGAGGAUACAAAGCCGCUUUGAGAAAGAGGCUUUUCAAAGGAACAUGUGGGUGAAAUGCCAAAUAAUGUACAGCGCAGAGCAAAUAUUUAAUAUAUUCUUCGUGUCAACAAGGGUGGGGUUGGGGGCCUACAUGUUCUUCAUCCCCCCGUCCUGGUACAUGAAAGGAUCGUCUGUGGUUCAAAUUAGUCUGUGUCUUUCUUCCACUUAGGAACUGUGAAAGUGUUUCCAAAGAGCCCUUCUGCUGCUAGAUGUGUUGUGUAGUAAAAUGCUGAGGCCCUCCCUCCUAGGGUUGCACCUCUGUCUUUGUGUCUGCUGUGCGUGGGCGUCAUUUCCCUGUCGUCAUUGGUUUUAAGCCCUUUCCGCCUUCUAGUCCGUCUUGUCAGAGUCUCAUGGGCAUAAGCACAUCUUAUUCCUGAAGGAUUCGGUAGAAGGAAAGCGAUUAGGGAAACCCCUGUAACUAUCAAUCUUGAUUAGUAAAUAGGCAGCAUUUUUAAUGACAGUCUCAAAAACACAGUCUCCAUAAAAAGAGUAUUUUACAUCAUCAUCCUACCGAUACUUUAUAAAGUGAUAUGUGCAAUACUAAUAUCUUUCUCGCAGGAAAAAAGAUGCCCUCCUUUUUGCUGAAAGAAAGAAGAUAUUAAAGAGUAUUAGUUUACACGUUUUCUGCACUUGAACACUUCAUUGAACUUACUUGCAGGGUUUCCG